AUGGCUACUCCUACCAAUGUCACUUACAAAUUGACCUAUGACAAGUUUCUUCUCUUUGGAGAUCUGAUAACCGAAUACUCAUAUUCUCCUCUACCACUAUACCCAACCGGGCAUACCACCACCCCAGAGUUCAACUUUGGGGGUUACUUGACCGAUAUCUACACUAGAAAGUUGGCCGUCACGCAGAGAGGUUAUGCUGGUUACAAUUCGGAGCAAGCCAGAGUGCUCUAUCCUAAGAUCUUGGAUAUUGAACAUACAAAGGAUUCCAAAGUCUUAUUUUCCACCAUCUUUUUCGGCACUAAUGACGCUACCAUGGGGGAUUCUGCCCAAAGUGUCGAGUUAGAAAGAUACGAGGAAAACAUGAGAUUCAUUAUUCAAACUGCGUUGGAUCGUGAUAUCAAGGUGGUGGUGUUUGGUCCUGGGUUCCACGAUCCUGAACGUUGGAGCAUUCGUUUGACCGAAGUUGAUAUUGCCGGUGGGAGAUUCAGAAGUAAUGAAAGUAAUAAGAUCUACUCUGACAAGUUGCAGCAAGUGUGUGAAGAAUUAAAGGUACCAUUUGUUUGUCUUUACGACAUGUUUGUGGCCUACGAAGGUGAUUGGAAGAAAGACUUGUUGACCGAUGGUAUCCAUUUCACUGGUAAGGGCUACCAACUCAUGACCGAUGGCCUCAUGAAGGCUAUCAAGGAAAACUAUCCCGAAUUGUUGCCUGAGGCCUUGCCAAUGAUUUUGCCACCUUGGAGAGAACUCGUCACCACUGAGGAGCUCCCUGGAGUUAUUGAAAACGCCAAUUGA